AUGGCAAGCAACGAUCAUAUCGCUAUAAUAGUUUGUGAUACACCAAUUGAAGGAGUAUACGAAAAAUUUGGUGACUUUGGAGAUAAUGUUGAGUCAUUAUUGGAUAAUGCAGGUGGCUCACCUUUCCCCUGUGUAAAAUAUCAACUCAAGCUGGAAGAUGAGAUAACGUUGAAAGAUAUCUAUAGCAAUUUAUGGAAGAGUAUUGAGCAAGGAAAUAUUAAAGGUAUAAUAUUCACGGGCUCGAGAAGUGACUCGUUUGCUAAGGGAGUAAUGUGGAUUGACAUGAUGGACCAUUUCAUUAAAGGUCUUUUAAAAGAGCAUGGGCUUCCUAUUGUUGGAAUAUGCUUUGGUCACCAGAUAAUCUGCAAAAAUCUAAAUUGCAUAGUGGGUAGAAAUGAUCCAGAAAUCGGAUGGGAGAAUGGUACUACUGAAAUUCAGAUGAAUAAAGAAGUUUUGACAAGUGAUAAGUCUCCGUUUAAAUCUUUUUUUAAUGAUAAAGAUGCCCGUUUAAAUCUCACGGAGUCUCAUCUUGACAUUGUUCACGGUAUCCCUGAAACAUUUGAUCACACAGAAUUUCUCUGUAUAGGUUCAACUUCUAAGUGUGCCGUGCAAGGAAUUUUGACGAAGUCUGGUCCUGUCAAAAUCUUGACAUUUCAAGGACAUCCAGAAUUUACGGCCGAAAUUAGUCUCUCACUCCUUGAACGAAGUUUCCACUUGGGGAAAAUUGAUGAAGCAGUUUUUAGGGAGUCCACUCGUAAGACCGAAGAAACUGAAAACCAAGGUGUUCUAGCAGGAAAGGUUAUAGUCAAUUUCUUGAAAUUACAUAACUGUUAA